UGAUAGAAAAUAUAUUAUUAAUGUCACCUCAAUUAAAAAAAAACACAAGAGUAGAUAGGGGCAAAACAUGUUCCCCUUUCCUUUUUAGUACUACAAUUACUAUGUCUUUGUAACCACAUGGAACACUCUAACUCACUGAGUAACAUCAAGAAGGAAUCUUCAUCUUCAGUUUCCUCCAACCAGAACAUGGGUUCUUUCCCAAGUCCAGGAGCACCAUAUUACAGAGACAGAACAAGAAGGUAUGAGAACAACAAAGGGUGGAGUUCAGAGAGAAUAUCAAAGUCAACAAACAACAACAGCAGAAGACACACUAUGUCUGGUUUAACACCAUUCAAUAAUGGUGGAAGAACAAUGCCUUCAAAAUGGGAUGAAGCUGAAAGAUGGAUUUGUAGUCCUGUUUCAUCCUAUGCUUCUGAUAGCAGAACAUCUUCACAUAUACAACAGCAACAACAACUUCAACAACGUAGACCCAAAUCAAUAAGUGGUCCAAUUGUUCAACCAGGUUUGGCUUUCUACUCAAACUAUUCACCUUCAGUUUCACAACUUGGACAAGGUUUUGUUGUGAGGAACUUGAUGGUUAGUUCACCUUUUUCAACUGGUGUGUUGGCACCUGUUGCUGUUUCUGUUCAUCGUUAUGAUGAUGAUGAUGACACACAUGGUACUGUUUUUGGUUAUGAAAUUGACAAUGGUGUGCAAUAUUCUAUUCCUGUCUUCAACCAGAAUGGUGUAGCGAGUUCAUCAAUGUCCACUGCACCCAUGUGUUCUGAAUCUGAAAUGAUGUGUCACCCUUCAUCUCCUUCUUCUCAAGAUGAGGAACAUGAUGGAAUGAAUAAUGAGGAAACUGUGAUAUCUCAUGUCCCAAGGUGUGAUAAAGGUACCCAAAUGAGUCCUACAGAAACAGAGAAUGAUGCACAUUCAUCUCCUAAAUCUUCUACCACAUCUGCCAUAGAACAAGAAGAUUUUCAUUAUCCUAAAUUAGAAGUCAGAGAUGUGGAGGUUGACAGUCAAGCAACUGUUAUCAGGGGAUCCAAGAGGCAUGCAGCCAAAUUAUUAACCAAAAAUGACUCAAUGCAUACGACAGAUUUGAGAAAGAAUAGUGCGGAUGCACAAGAUUCAUGUUGGGAUAUUGAAGAGUCUACCUUGGACACUUCCAAGUUACAGAGAGAGGAAGCCAAAAUCAUUGCAUGGGAAAAUUUGCAGAAAGCAAAGGCUGAAGCUGCAAUACGAAAACUUGAGAUGAAAUUGGAAAAGAAGAGAUCCUCCACAAUGAAUAAGAUUCUAAAAAAGCUGAGAAGGGCACAAUUGAAAGCAGAAAGUAUGAGAAGCUUAACACCUGUACAACAGGACCAUCAAGCUUCCAAGAUUUACAAAGUAUUUUCAUUCCCCAAAUAUGCUCAGAUGUGGUCUCCAGGCAGCUGCUUCAGCACUCAUUCUCGGUGAUCGAUCCCAUGUACGAGCCUUGAAAUCAUUGAGGUUUUGACCAGGUUGUAUAAGAAUAUACUGCAUUGUCUUAAUGCCCUUUGAUGUAAAUGGCUUGUGUUAGAAAGUACAUUACAUCAUUAUUUGUAGCUAGGUAUGUUAUUUGUGUAUAUAAAGCACAAUGAGAAUGAUUUGUGUGGACGAACUUUCCUCAAAUAUUUUUAUAUCUCGUUCUCUUCA